CCGGUUGCCGGGGUGAUCGCUCUCUUAAAGGGCCCGCGGCGGCCACCCGCCGGUGCGUGUUGCUGGCGCUGGCGGGGGCCGCGGUGCGGCCUGCGCCGGAGGGAUGGCUGGGCCCGGCGGCGGCGGGGACGCCGACAGUGAGGGGGCCGGGGGUCCUGGCGGGCGGCCGCCGGCGAGUGAUGGCGCCUUGUGGUUCCCCCGGCAGGAGCGGGCCCGGGAUGGCGGCCGGGGGCCCGGCGGGGGGGGCGCACAGCGUCUGCAUGGUGUCGGACUUCUUCUACCCCAACAUGGGGGGCGUGGAGAGCCACGUGUAUCAGCUGUCGCAGUGCCUCAUCGAGCGGGGCCACAAGGUCCUGGUGGUCACCCACGCCUACGGCCACCGGAAGGGCAUCCGCUACCUCACCAACGGGCUGAAAGUCUACUACUUGCCCCUGAAGGUGAUGUACAACCAGUCCACGGCGACGACGCUCUUCCACAGCCUGCCCUUGCUCAGGUACAUCUUUGUGCGGGAGAGGGUCACCAUCGUCCAUGCCCACAGCUCCUUCUCUGCCAUGGCCCACGACGCCCUCUUCCACGCCAAGACCAUGGGGCUGCGGACCGUGUUCACAGACCACUCCCUCUUCGGGUUUGCGGAUGUCAGCUCGGUGCUUACCAACAAACUUCUGACCGUGUCCCUCUGUGAUACGAACCACAUCAUCUGCGUCUCCUACACGAGUAAGGAAAACACGGUGCUGCGAGCGGCUUUGGACCCUCGGAUAGUCUCUGUCAUCCCCAACGCAGUCGAUCCCACUGACUUCACUCCAGACCCGUCAAGGAGGGAUGAUGGUAUAAUUACAAUUGUUGUUGUCAGCAGACUUGUUUACAGAAAAGGUAUAGAUUUGCUUAGUGGCAUAAUUCCUGAGCUCUGUCAGAAAUAUCCAGAGUUACAUUUCUUAGUUGGAGGAGAAGGACCAAAACGAAUCGUACUGGAAGAAGUCCGGGAAAGAUACCAGCUACAUGACAGGGUACGUCUCCUAGGAGCCUUGGAACACCAAGAUGUUAGAAAUGUUCUAGUCCAGGGGCACAUUUUUCUUAACACUUCACUCACUGAGGCCUUUUGUAUGGCAAUUGUGGAAGCAGCAAGCUGUGGUUUACAGGUGGUGAGUACGAGAGUUGGUGGGAUUCCUGAGGUGCUUCCAGAAAAUCUCAUUAUUUUAUGUGAACCCUCUGUGAAAUCUUUGUGUGAUGGAUUAGAAAAAGCUAUUGCCCAGCUCAGAUCAGGAACGAUACCAUCUCCAGAAACUGUUCAUAAUAAAGUAAAGACAUUUUAUACAUGGAGGAAUGUAGCAGAGAGAACUGAGAAAGUGUAUGACAGGGUUGCUGAUGAAGUGGUUUUACCAAUGGAUGAGCGACUUGGCAGACUAAUGUCUCACUGUGGCCCAGUGACUGGGUAUAUUUUUGCUCUUUUUGCUGUUCUGAACUUCCUUUUCUUGGCAUUUCUGAGGUGGAUGACUCCAGAUUCCGUUAUUGAUGUUGCAAUAGAUGCUACAGGACCUAAAGGUGCAUGGACGAAGCAGUAUUUUUGGGGGAAAAAAGGAAGAGUUAAAGAACUUCCAAGCUCAAAAAAUGCUCAAAUGGAGAGGAAAGAACACAACAGUCACUAAAGGUUUUAAUGCUGGCUGGCAGAGACAUUAUUCUUAAAAUUCUUCAGUUUCUUUCUGAAGUUCUUGGAGAGAAACUUGGUUAAAUGUGCUACCUCAAUUUAGAAUGAUGUUUUAAUUUAUUUUGGAUUCAUGCAAAUUUAUGGGCAUCUCUUUUGCACUUGAAGCUGUGAGGAGAACAUGGGCUUUGUGUGUCAAAAGCCUUUGAGACAAAAGUACAAGAUUUUUCUUGACACCUUGAAUAUUACAGAAAGUGACUGUAAACUUUAGUGGUAUUUGGGAAAGCAAAACACAAAAAUUAUUAGCUUACAGCAGUCCGUGCUAACUCCUGCAAGUUACCGUGCUUUUUAUUUUAAGACUUAUUUAAAAAUAUUUAAUUAAAACCCCAACAAAACAUAACUUUUCUCUCCUAAGAUGAAAAUGGACUUGAAAUUAGUCAUAAAUUCCAUUGCCAUGGAAAUUUCAGAGACUUAGUUUUAGCAGUUGUGUCCCAGUGACAGUGUUUUGCCUGCACAGCAUUAUUAUUUCAAAGUUCUUCCCUAGCCACAUUGGAUCAUCCUGUUGCUAAAUCAAAACUCCAUAAUGAAUUUUUUAUAUUUUUCAGAGGUGCUAAAUUUGUUCAGUUCAUUUAUGUGUGUAAAAGUGAUGUAAAGCUUAUGGUAUUUUUUAAAAGUACAUAGGUGAAGAAAUUACAUUAUUUAGAAUAAUACAGCCUUCAGAAACAGCUCAGGCCUGAAAACUUCUCCAGCAGACUAUGCCAAAGUGUGAAGUAACACAUGCAUGCAUGUGUGUACGCGAGAGAGAUCCAUGAAGGGCUUAACAAGCGCCAUUGUGCUUGCUCACUCUGUCCCUUCCCACCCCGCCUUAUUUUUUGUAAUUUAUUUUUUUAUUUUUUAUUUUUCCUUCCCCUUUACUUAAGACCAAAAUGGCAUUUCACUCCAUCUGUGGGAGGGAUGGUGUUCAACGUGCGUGAUUUCACCUAGACCACAUCAGAGGCACUGUCAGGCAGGUUCUGCAAGUGAAAUCUUGGGAAGGUAUUUCUUAGAUGGAAACAACCAAUGCUUUUCAUUGAGACGGGGAGGAGGGGAAAAGUGGCUCCUUGCAUCUGUUCACAGUCGUAAGGUAUACCUGGGACAACAGGCAGCACAACAUACCAAUGUGUGAGAGUGGGUAUUGAUCUCAUUUAUGUCAGCCACCUCUAAAACUCCCCGCUGCCUAAUGCACUUGGUUAAUUUCUUUCUCGAGCAUCACUGAAGACUAAAAAUCUUACGACUUUUGAGUAUUAUUGAGUAGUGUUGGACACUGUAUUAAUAUUAAAACUGUGCAAGAUGAAAAUACUGUUUCCAAACCCUUGAAAGGGGCAGUAUUUAAAACACCACUUCUGUCAAUAUCAUCUUGUUUGUGUAGUGACAUAGUUACCCUAACAUCUGACAUUUAAUAAUUUUAUUGAACAUAUUUUUGUGAAACACAGAAAGGUAACGUGAAAUAAAUGCCAUAUACAAAGUAUAUUUUCUUUAACUAGAAUUUUUAGCCUUUGAUACGUAAUGUAUAAUAUGCAUUGUAUUACAAUUUGAAUUUUUCAAGCUCUACAUUAAAAGUGGAGGUCAGCUAAAAUGGUGGCAUACAGAUUAUGGAUAAAUGGGUGGAAUUAAGGUAAUAUUUUACUUUCGAAAAUUACUACUUUUUUUUUCCCCCAAAACAUUCAGGUUUCUAACUUUUUAAAAAUACUGAUUAUCAUUCCAGUGAAAUGUUAUAUAUAUUUUUAAUAAUAUCUUGUUGAUUCUGAUUUAUUUAUUUUUGGUUUCCUGCAACAUCUACAAACACAAAUCACAUUUUCAACAGGAUUGUGAGAAUUUAUUCAAAAUACGUUUUUUAUUUUGUGGAAUGUUGUGUACUUUAUGAGUAAUAUAAUAAAACCUUGUUAUGGCCUUGUUUACAACACAGAUUUACAGUUUUAUCUAAAAGUUUAUUUACCUUUCCAUAAAUAAGGGAUAUUUUCCAUUAAUAUUUGGGAACAUAGAAAGGACAGAAAUAUACUCUAUAUUGCCUCUUGCUAUCACUGGUUGUUGGACUUCUUAUGAGAAAGAUGAUUAUUAAAGAACAUUCUGUAGAAGCUGACACAAAAAUUUAAUCCAUAACUGGUUUAACUACAAAUAUGCUGUUUCUCAAGUAAUGCAACUUGUAUUACGCAUAACUCUUUGUGGACUGAUUCACUUACUGGCCUUGUGCAGUGGAGUAAGGGAUGACGUUUCUGAAUCAUUUGUAGUUUUAAAAAGCAUUGGUGGGUGAAAUGGAAGAGUUUAAAUAAAAUAAUCACAAUAAUAAUAAAAAAAAAAAAGAAUGGAGAUGACUGUUUAGAAGUGAAUAAAAUAACUAUUUAAACCAACCUAAAAUGUUUUUGCUUGUAGGUAAUGUUUGAUCAUUGUGAAAUACCAGGGAAAUGUUACCAAAGAGAGAGUGAUACUAACUGAGUAAUAUCUUGUACAGAGCAGACCCUCUGGUCUGGAGGAGGAACACCCAAAAAUCUUCUGUAUAGAAGGUUUCCCCACCUUUCAUAGAAGGCACCAUUGAUCUGCAAUGAAAUUCCAUCCUGCAGGCGCAAGGAGAAAUUGUGUUUCCAAUACAUUUUAUGAAGACACUGUGAAUUAAAGUAUAGACAGCAUGUUGAUAACUGAAAAUUGUAUGCUAAACCAGAACAAGUAUCAGGUAAAGUAUGAAUGUAAGUCAUCUUUCGGAUUGUGUUUUCGUGGAUGUGGAUAGAUCUGUAAGAAAGUAAAUGCACUGUAAUGUACUGACUUUUGUGGUCAAGUUUUUUCGCAUCUUUUAAAAAUAAACAUUUUACCCCUUUUGAUUUUUA